GAAGAUUCGUUGCUUCACUUGUAGUGCAACUGUGGUUCCGAACGGAUCGCACUAAAGUGUUCUGCGCUAAAUCUGCUAUAGGAAGUAUUCGUACAUUGAACUGUCCAUUUUGAUUGUCUAAUUGUGUUAAGUGAUUUUUUGUGAGUGUGGACAAAAUGUCGAGACCCCAAACGGAUGAGCAGAAGCGCAAGCAAAUCAGUGUCCGUGGCAUCUCGGUCCUGGAGGAUGUCACCGAAAUCAAGAAAGGCUUCAAUCGGCAUCUUCACUACACCCUGGUGAAGGAUCGUAAUGUGGCAACGGUGCGCGAUUACUACUUCGCCCUGGCCCAUACCGUCAAGGAUCAUCUGGUAUCCCGAUGGAUCCGAACGCAGCAGCACUACUACGAGAAGGACCCUAAGCGCGUGUAUUACCUCUCGCUCGAGUACUACAUGGGUCGUUCGCUGCAAAACACCAUGAUCAAUUUGGGCAUUCAGACCUCUUGCGACGAGGCGAUGUAUCAGAUGGGUUUGGACAUCGAAGAGCUGGAAGAACUGGAGGAGGAUGCUGGUCUCGGUAACGGUGGUCUCGGACGUUUGGCCGCAUGCUUCCUCGACUCGAUGGCCACACUCGGAAUGCCGGCCUACGGUUAUGGCAUUCGCUAUGAGUACGGUAUUUUCGCACAAAAGAUCAAGAAUGGUGAGCAGGUUGAAGAACCCGAUGAUUGGCUGCGGUAUGGAAACCCAUGGGAGAAGGCCCGUCCCGAAUACAUGAUUCCGAUUCAUUUCUACGGUCGCGUGAUCGAUACCCCCGAGGGCAAGAAGUGGGUGGACACCCAAACCGUUUAUGCCAUGCCCUACGACAAUCCGAUUCCCGGUUACGGAAACAAUGUAGUCAACAGUCUGCGUUUGUGGUCUGCCAAGUCACCAAUUGAUUUCAACCUUAAGUUCUUCAACGACGGCGACUACAUCCAAGCUGUGCUGGAUCGUAAUCUGGCAGAGAACAUUUCCCGUGUCCUGUAUCCCAACGACAACUUCUUCGAGGGCAAAGAACUACGUCUGAAGCAGGAGUACUUUAUGUGUGCCGCCACUCUCCAGGAUAUUGUCCGUCGGUACAAAUCGUCCAAAUUCGGAAGCCGUGAUGCUAUUCGUAAGACGUUUGAUGAUUUCCCGAACAAGGUUGCCAUUCAGUUGAACGACACACAUCCGUCGUUGGCUAUCCCGGAGCUCAUGAGAAUCUUUGUCGAUGACGAGAAACUACCGUGGGAUAAGGCCUGGGAUCUUGUUGUGCGCUCGUGUGCCUACACCAAUCACACUGUGCUACCGGAAGCAUUGGAACGCUGGCCGGUAUCAAUGCUACAGUCGAUCCUCCCACGUCAUUUAGAGAUUAUCUAUCAUAUAAACUUUUUGCAUUUACAAGAAGUUGAAAAGCGCUUCCCAGGAGAUUUCGAUCGUAUGCGUGCUCUCUCACUGGUUGAGGAGGACGGAGAUAAGCGCAUCAACAUGGCGAAUCUGUCGAUCGUUGGUUCGCACGCCGUCAACGGUGUGGCCGCCAUUCAUUCGGAAAUUAUCAAGAAGGAUAUUUUCAGCGAUUUCUACGCGUUGUCUCCGGAGAAAUUCCAGAACAAAACCAACGGUAUUACUCCACGACGUUGGCUUCUGCUGUGCAACCCUGCUCUCUCCGAUCUGAUUGCUGAUAAAAUUGGCGAUGAAUGGCCCGUACAUUUGGAACAGCUCGCUCAGCUCAAGGCCUUCUCCAAGGAUCCGGCAUUCCAACGGGCGGUGGCCAAAGUUAAACAGGAGAACAAACUGAAACUCGCACAGUUGCUGGAAAAAGACUACGGAGUCAAGAUUAAUCCGGCCUCAAUGUUCGACAUUCAAGUCAAACGAAUCCAUGAGUACAAACGUCAACUGCUGAAUUGUUUGCACAUCAUCACAUUGUACAAUCGCAUCAAACGGGAUCCAACGGCUAACUUCACAGCACGUACCAUCAUGAUCGGUGGUAAGGCUGCUCCCGGAUAUUACAUUGCUAAGCAAAUCAUUAAACUGAUCUGUGCUGUUGGAAACGUGGUCAACAACGAUCCGAUUGUCGGAGAUAAAUUGAAGGUCAUCUUCUUGGAGAACUAUCGUGUUACGUUGGCAGAGAAGAUCAUGCCGGCCGCCGAUCUAUCAGAGCAAAUUUCCACUGCCGGCACAGAGGCUUCCGGAACUGGUAACAUGAAGUUUAUGUUGAAUGGUGCCUUAACCGUUGGUACACUGGACGGUGCCAAUGUCGAGAUGGCCGAAGAGAUGGGCAACGAUAAUAUCUUCAUUUUCGGUAUGACCGUCGAUGAGGUUGAAGAUCUGAAACGGCGUGGAUAUAACGCUAUGGAUUACUACAACACCAAUCCGGACAUCAAGCAGUGUGUCGAUCAAAUCCAGGGAGGAUUCUUCAGUCCCGGCAACCCACACGAAUUCCAAGAUAUUGCGAACGUGCUGAUGAAGUACGAUCGUUACUUCUUGUUCGCUGACUACGAAUCCUACAUCAAGACACAGGAUAAUGUGUCUGCUACUUAUCAGAACCAACCGAAAUGGCUCGAAAUGGCUAUCAAUAACAUCGCCUCCAGUGGAAAGUUCUCCAGUGAUCGUACGAUCGCAGAAUACGCACGUGAAAUCUGGGGUGUUGAGCCAUCGUGGGAAAAGCUGCCCAACCCGGCUGACACACCCAAGUAAACCUCCUCCCACCUAUUUUAUCUCGGGAAAUCGUGCAGCAAGAUAGACACUGCCACCGAUCGCAAUGUUACUCUACUCAAACACAGGAACAGCAUUCAAACAAACAAAAAAACAUCAACAUCAAACAAACAAAACGAAGGGGAAGGCUAUUAGUUAACCUUUAAUAUGUUGAAUAAAAUAUUUCGACUUUUUCAA